UGCGCAAGUGUUUGCCGCAAUGAGCUUGACUUUGAUGUUCAUGAGGUGUUUUUUUUUAGGGAUUUGACGGCUCUAGAAUUAAACCCAAUUAGUCAUUAAUCAAUUCCAUUCCAGUCGCUGCGCUAUUCUGCUUCAGGUUUUGGCACUAACAGGGCUUUAGGAGUCUCUUGUGGAUGACAGCGGGGAGCAGUGCUGGAGAUGCUGUAGCUCACACAACCGCUAGAAGACAAACGCCGUGGUCCUCCCACCUUACCAAAAAGCUCCCGAGUGGAGCUCAGGGAACAGGAACUGUUUCUAAUAAACCGAUGAAUGGUACUUUGCGCCGGAUCCCGAGUCUGACUCUGCGUGGAAGCGGGGCGCACACACACAGGCAGAAGGACAGUCUUUUCUUUCAGUUAAACCCGGGGUGGAAAAGACGCAGCAAUGACAGAGCAGCAGUCGUGCGCAGCGGCGAAAUAGACCAACUAUUGUGGGGACGGAAGAUUGAUAACACAACUGGGCGAGCAACGAGCGGCAGAUGUAAUUUCCAAACGUUGCAGUUGGUUUUGUGCCGGUGGUGUGCCGGAUGGGUUGUUAUUGCGUUCUCCUUUUCAUCAUUCACUGCUUCCAGCGUUUCCAGAUUACUUGGGGAUCUCGGACGGCUGUCUGUGUGAGGGAGUAUUGCUGCAGAGACUAACGGGGAAUGCCAUGUGUCGUUGCGCGACAUAGAAGCUCUUUGUGGGCUGUUUUGCACCGGGGACAGGUGGUGCCGUUUGUGUGUGUCUGUGUUGAAACUAGCAGGGGGGCACGGACACACAACCCCUGAGACAGUUGUCUUAGGGAUGUCAGGCCGGCGUACGGAAUCAGUUUUUGCCAGAGACAGGUGCGACAGGGAGGAGUAGUUUACAAAGCCCUAUACAGGAUCUGGGAAACGCACUAACGAGCCUCCUCUCUCCUCUGAUCUCACUCUCGGAUUUUUUUUUGUAUCCAGCGGGACUCACAAUCGACUCAUACUGUCGUUGCCUCGGCGGCACCUUUCCCCUCCGAUAACCAGAGAUUACCAGGCAGAAUAAUUGAAUGAUGCUGCAACCAAAGAGAGAGCGGCCACCCAGAGCAGAGGCUGGCAGCAGUGCAACUCCACAGUUGUGUUGCUAUGACGACCGCGGCCCCUCCCUCCUUCUUCCUGCUGUGUUGGCUGCUCCGAACCGCCAGCUCGGCGUUCCCAGAGGAACCGGGGCCCCUCAACUUUAUCCCCACUGAAGUGGUGAGAAGACACCCAGUGUUUCUGGGCCGACCCCACCGAACAUGGCUGAGACAAGAGCCUCUACACAUCCAGAGGAUCCUCCAAGUCAAUCGGACACUCUACAUCGGAGCCAGGGAUGACCUUUUCCGUGUGGAGUUGGACAUUGUUGCAGGAGACGAGAUGUUCUACAGCAAGAAAAGAACAUGGGAGUCAAACAAGAAUGACAUCAGGAUCUGCAGGAUGAAGGGCAAGCAUGAGGAUGAAUGCCGUAAUUUUAUGAAGGUGCUGCUCAGCAGACGAGGAGGGCUGUUUGUGUGUGGGACCAACGCCUUCAACCCGCUAUGUGCCAACUACACCGGAGACACUCUAGAGAUGGUAGGAGACACGGUCAGUGGUAUGGCGAGAUGCCCCUAUGACCCCAAACACGCCAAUGUAGCUCUGUUUGCAGAGGGAAAUCUGUUUACAGCCACAGUGACAGACUUUCUGGCCAUUGAUGCAGUGAUCUACCGUAGCCUUGGGGACAGUCCCGCUCUGCGCACCGUCAAGCACGACUCCAAGUGGUUCAGAGAGCCGUAUUUUGUCAGUGCUGUGGAGUGGGGACCUCACAUCUACUUCUUCUUCAGAGAAAUAGCCAUGGAGUUCAAUUACCUGGAGAAGGUGGUGGUGUCACGUGUGGCGCGGGUGUGUAAGCGUGAUCAGGGUGGGUCUCAACGUGUCCUGGAGAAGCAGUGGACGUCAUUCCUGAAGGCCCGAUUAAACUGCUCUGUCCCCGGUGAUUCUCACUUCUACUUUAACCUGCUCCACUCCACGAGCCCCAUCAUCAGGAUGCACGGCAGGGACAUAAUCCUGGGGGUGUUCUCCACUCCGGCUAACAGUAUCCCAGGUUCGGCUGUGUGUGCCUUCGACAUGGAGCAGCUGGCUGGGGUGUUUGAUGGGAGGUUCAAGGAGCAGAAAUCACCCGAGUCUAUUUGGACGCCUGUUCCAGAUGAAGUCAUCCCGAAGCCAAGACCCGGUGGCUGUGCUGUUCAAGGUUCCAGGUUUAAUUCCUCAAACUCGUUCCCUGAUGAGAUGCUUAACUUCGUCAAGACCCACCCUCUGAUGGAUGAAGCCGUCCCAUCACUCGGACAAAGACCCUGGAUAGUCAGAACCAUGGUCAGGUACCAGCUGAAUAAGAUCGUGGUGGACACAGAAGCAGGGCCUUAUAGAAACCGGACCGUCCUGUUCCUCGGGUCCAGCAGAGGGACCAUCCUCAAGUUCCUCAUCAUGCCGAACCAGGACAACACCGUCACCAAUAGCAACAUCUUCCUGGAGGAGCUAGAGGGAUUCAACCCUGAUAAGUGUGCUGAAGACUCUCUGCAGGCCAGGCAGCUGUUGUCUCUGACCCUGGACCGAGCAAGCCACACUCUGCUCUUGGCCUUUCCCUCCUGUGUAGUCAGAGUACCAGUGGCACGGUGCCAGCUCUAUUCCCGAUGCAUGAAGAACUGUAUUGCCUCCAGGGACCCUUACUGUGGGUGGACCAGAGGAAGCACCUGCUCUUUCCUCAGACCUGGGACCAGACUGCCGUUCGAGCAAGAUGUUGAACAGGGAAACGUGGCCCACUUGGGUGACUGUGACGGAAUGCUGCUCCAAGAGAGUUUCAUCGAGGAGCCUGAUGGCCUGGUGUCUGUAAACCUGCUGGUGGUUUCUGCUGUUUCAGCCUUCGCAACUGGAGCCGUCCUCUCUGGCCUCACUGUCUGCUGGAUCAUGAGUCACCGCCACCGCCACUCUCGAGGCUCUGGAGCGAAUGGCGCCCGCCGCAAAAGUGACAAAGAGCAGAGCAUGCUGGGGCAGGGCCGUAGCGGGUCAGUAAUGAGCGUAACAAGAACCAGCGGCGGCGAGAGGCGUCGUUCACAGGCAGACAACCCCUUUGUCACGCCCAACGGUUGGCCCAAAGGAGAGAUGGACCCAGGUUUGCUCCCUACCCCGGAGCAGACCCCGCUGCAACAGAAACGGGCCAUGCGUCUCCCAGACACCGACUGGGACCAGAGCCAGACCUUCCUCACCGCUGUGGGGACGCCCUGCCCCAACAACUCUGUCAUCUAUCUGAGCUCCAAGUUCCUGCAUGGAGGUGGAGGGGGUGGAGGAAUGGUCCGGAUAGAGGACCCAGGGGAGGUCAUGCUGCCCCCGCACACAGAGCGCCAGCGCUACCUGAUCCUAGCCACCCAGAGAGGGGAGCAUGGUGGCAGUCGUCCCAGCGGCACCCUGAGGAACUCAGCGGGAGAAUACAUCUACCCCGCCACGCCGCAGGACUCCCCUGACCGACGGAGGGUGGUUUCCGCUCCCACUCCCCACAUGGACUAUGGGGAGCCUCGCUGGAGUCACGAGGCACUCAACUACAACAGCAACAAUGGAGCGCCCUAUCACCCCCAGCGUCAGGCUCUCAUCAGGCCAGAUAUGCAUGGGCCUCGAGGGCUGGGAGAACUGGCUGACUUCAGCCAUCUUCUAGGGAAGAACAUGGGAGAGCGCACCCCCAGUGGCCAGUGAGGCGAAGUACGUGAGCCCUGGCACCAAGCUCUCUCUGAACACCCAUUCCCUCCAACAGCAGACUGGAAUAAAUCAACCCCUCAGACUCACUGUCCCGGUCCAACCUUACCCUGUCUGUCCUCUCUCACUGUCAUUCAAUGUUCUGACGUCAUUCAGCUGACUGAAGAGAGAGACAGAGAGAAAAGAAACAAAGAGAGAGUUGAAAAAGAGGAGAAAACUCUCCUCACGUCUCCGUUCCUCUGCUCUUAAUCUGAGGCACACCCCUCUGCUCUGUAUGUGGUACGACCUGCAGAGCUUGACUUUAACACCACAGGACAAACAGAAAGGUAAAGAGAGGGGUGCAGCAGAAAGGGAAUCUUCUCAAAGCAACAUGUGGGGAUUAAAAAAAUGAAAAAUUCGCUUGCAGCGCCAAAUGUGAAAGGUCUCCCUCCACCAUUUUGUUCACCGUUUUGACACCAUGGAUCUUGUUUGAGUGUGAAAUUUUGUUUCUGCUUUUGUUUUGUUUUUUUGAGCCAGUGGCAUCCAGCAGACAACAAUGUGCUUUACUAUGGAUUUCAGAUGAGACUAAAACUGUUGUAGCCGUGCCAGAGGACAUUGACUCUCAAUGAAUCAUGCAGUGUGUGUAUGUGAUUGUGUGUAUGUGUGAAUGUGAGUGGCCACAACAACCCCAACCAGUGUCCUGUCUUUAACUGUGAAGUAUAACUAUAUAAUGAAGUUUCGUAAGGAGGAGGUUGAUGUUAACAUUAUUUUCCUUUUUUAUAAACAAUCACAGAGAGACACAUGGAUUUUAUUAUAUGUCUCCUUGAAGCUGUAUGUGUUUAGCAAUCAGAGGUUUGGAUGGUUGACCAGUGGCUGGUGAAGGGUUGAGACACUCAUUGUAAGUUCUGUGAUUCCCAGUACCUAAGAGGCAGCACUGGAUAGAGCCAUCAUAAAGUGAAAGAAAGCAAUAAUAAGCAAGACACACAUGAAGAUGCAGUUAAAGCCAAUUUAAUUUGAUAUUUUAUAAUAUAAUUGUUUUCUCAGCAAAGCAAACUGGAGUUUAGAGAUAUGAGGAGAAGCUGGGUGCUGGGAAAAGGAACAAUAGCUCCCCUCCAUUCUUCCCUCCCUGGCUGCCUCUCAGUAUGCCUGGGUCUGUCUGACCUGACCUGAGGCCCCCCUGGGCUCCGCAGUCCAUUUGAAGGAGGGAAUGUGAGCUCUGGCUGUCUGGCUGUCUGACUGGGUCUGUGAGGCCCGGCCGCUUGGGAGCUCCAUUCAGGGCUCUUCUGCCCGACACUGAGCCUCUUUGUGCCCCAGAAGCAGGAGGAGACUGCAGCAACAAAUAGCCGUUAAGAGUCAGGGACCUAGCCCAGCACCGCAGCCUAGCAGAAUAUCAAUGAGGAGGACAGCAGCUCCAUCCGUCAUGUGAGAUGUACCAACCAGGACCGGGCAUCUCUUAUGCUUCACCCACUCUGGUUAUUCACUGGUUUGCCAGGACAGGGAGGAGCUGGGGGCUGAAGUUGGGGCUGAGGCCAGAGUUGGGGCACUGCUAACUGUCACAAUGGUCAUCCCUUGUGGCUUUAUCCCUUUCUGUCUUUCAGUGUAUUUCACCACAAAAGCGGGAUAAAGAAAACGGAUGGGCAUGGGUAUACUUGGGUGUGGAGUUACUCUUUCACUCCGUUGUCUGAUCUUUUGAUGUUUUCUGUUUUUGUCUGUACUCAUCCGUUCUUGAUUCAAAUGUAGAUCCAGAGAUAGCUUUUUUUUCUCAUCUGGGUCAUGGUGUGGGGGUGUUUUUUUGUGUGUGUCUCUCUUUGCGUUUGUGUACAUGAAUGCUUUACUCAUAUUGAGUGCAAAAAAGAAGCUUUGAUCAAAUUUACUCUCAUUCUCACCCUUCUUUUUUUUUCAACCCUGUUCCUUUCUCUGAGCCUUUAAUGUUGUGGAGCAACCCUUUGCUUGACAUUCACAAAUCCAUGCUAACAGUGGCAGAGCCCUGCGUGGGGGAAGUGUAUGCUAUACAAUAUAUUUAAACCUUUAUACUUUACACAAAGAAGUGCAACUAAAAUGGAAAAGCCAGGCUCUGCUCAGUUGAAGGGGACUUGAAGGGUCAUAUGGUAGAUACACAGUACACACACAAGAAAAUAUCAGUGUUCAAAAACUAUUUUCAUUAUUUUAACGUUUUCAGCCCCACAACUUAAUUGACUUCAUUUGACUUCAUGAUCUCAUCAGUGUCGUCUCAGUAAUGCUCAUAAAAAUCAUCUGUAUUCCACCAGCCCAGCACCAAACGGCAGACAGACAAAGUUAGCAACUAGCGGGUGAACAUAUUGCAGCAUUUAGCAGCUAAAGAGCCAGAUAUUUCCCUCAGGAGUUUGUGGAGACCAAAAAUGAAAAGAGCUAAUAGGAGAAUAACUAUUGGACUUACAUUCACCAACGCAACACCAAAUGUAAUUGCUCCAUAGCUGGAUGGAUGUGUAAGAGGCAACUUAAAAGUGUUAAUAUGCCAGUGUUGUGUUUACAGCUUGUUUUUGCUGCCACCAAGUGGCCAAAUAAUCAAUUAAUGAAGGUCUUAUGUAAAAAUGCUAAUGCCUUUGAGAGCUAUGUUUUUUAGAAAAUGCCACUUUCCAUUUAACAACAAACAGCAAAGUAAUGACACCGUCUAAACACAAGCAGUCGUACAAGAACUUUCCCUGAAUACAAUUUUUUUGUCAAAGUUUAAAUCUGAUCUGAUCAAAUAAAGAGUAAACAAGAUUGCAAAUCUGACCAAAUAUUCAAUACCAGCUGACAGGAGAUACAGACACAGCAUUGAGGUUCAAUACGCACAUCGACCCUAGAAAAUACACAGCCGGAGCUGGAGGUACUGCAUUAGACAAGCCAGUGAAAGAGAUUUAUGAAAGCAAGGACAGAGGAGGAGGUCAGACGGGCGAACAUGAUGUUACUACAUUACCGCCUCACCACAUUAGUACAGUGUAUUCUUUACACAUUCCACCCUGAAACAGGUCAUUAGUAUUGAAGAUAUGGAGCCCUCCACCAGCCAGGACCCUCAUCUCAUCGUCUCCAUCUCCGCUGUGACCUGAGUGCUGCUUGUGUGUGUGUGUGUGUGUGUGUGUGUGUGUGUGUGAGUGUGAAUGAGGCCUCUCUGUCUCGGCCGGCUUGCCUAGCCAGCCGUGUCCUCGCUCUGCAUCUCCUCCGGUGUUUCACUAAACAUGCUUGAUUAGGCAAAGUACAUUCCCGGCCCUCUAAUGGCCUGAUGAGCCCUUGAGAAGAUUACUACAGACACAUCAGCCCUGAGAGGGAGGUGCACGUUCAACCAGCUCUUUACCCCUCCACUAAGGGACACACACACACUCACACACACAAAUAUUGUCGGCCCUUUAACCAAAUUUGGGAUGCAAUUGAAUUAACAUCAGAAGCAGAGCUCAGGCUUGAAAUAGGCCGACACUGCCUGGUUCUAGGAGAGGUACUGUACAUGAUGUUAUCUUACUCUAUGAUUUGAUUACCUUAGUUGAACAUUACAGAGCAGCUAAAGAAUUCAGGUGUAACCUCGUGGAAGCCAGUUGGUUUAUUAAAGCCAUCAUCCUCCCUCUUCUUUACAUGCUACAUGUCAUUCCCAUUCCUCCUCUUUCAACAGCUGCACUUCGUCGUCUUCUUCUUUCAAGCCCCUUUUUAUUGUUAACAGACCCACACUUCUUUCUGCACACACACACACGUAACAUCUCUACCUAAUAUAAGCCUGUGCGUUUGUCCUGUUCCUCACUAUUGAAGGUUAGUUAGUUAAUUUAAUGAGUCCGUGACAGAAACAGAAAUCAAAGUCAAUCACAAAAUCCUGCUUUAUUUCACAUAAAAUCCUUAAUGUGUUAAAACAUUUUUAGACGUUUUCAAAUCUUCUCAAGCGGAAAAUUGCUUUCCUUUGCUUAGAAAUGAUUUUGUGUUUUGGAGUUUUGUUGGUUAAAUGUAGCACAUAUUGCCUCCAGUCCUACACACACACACACACACAUUAUCCCUCUUUAUCUCUAUCCUAUACAUAUCAGCACACACACACACACACACACACACACACACACACACACACACACACACACACACACACGCACACACACACACACGCACACAAAAAUUCCCACCCAGCCCUCAUGACCCAGUCUGUUUUUCUUAUUUAUCAGGUUGUGUCUGUGUGUUUGUUAAAGAGACCAUGCCUUUGUGUGUUGUUGGGGUUGUUUGUGCCGUGUGGCUUCAGUGAUGCGAUGCCCCCCAGCCAAUAACUGCCAUCUUGCCCUACAGUGCUCGACUGUACUGUAUGUGCACUGUGCCCUAGAUCGAGUCCUUGUAUUAAAUCCACCAUCGCAGUAGGGAGCAGUGACAUGAAGCCGCUCCCUUCCAGCCAUCAUCUGAGAGGGGAAAAAAAGCACAAAAACAAGGCAAAAACGAAAUCAUCAUUUGCAUUUUUGUAAAGUUGUAGAUGUACUUAGUCAGCGCUGAUCAUUUCUGUCAUGUUUGUUUUUUCUAUAGUUUGUUUCUGUGGUAGAUAUUUGGUUUGAAAUUAUAUGGAAUAUUAUUGUAUAUGAUUUCAAUUUCAAUUCUCUGGUGUGCCGGAUUUGAUGAUGACAAUGAAGACGAACCUGAUGACUAUCAUGAUUAUUAUUAAAUUGACAGUGACAAUGAAGCAGUACUGUGAGCAGCACUGAGGUGUUGUGUCCUGUUUGGAUGCUGAAUCUAAAAAGGAAAUGGUAGAAGAAGAAGAGGAAGAAGAGUGAAUGGACUCAUAUAGGCUGUGGUUCAAAAAGAGAUUCUACUUUUCUCCUGCGGAGUGGAGUCUCCUGCUACUGUGAAGGACCCUGCCGUCCUGUGGCUCUCACCAGAGGCUGGCUCCACCGUUGCCCCAGGGACCUCGGGGGAAGGCUGUCAUCAGAUGACAACACAUGUCCCUACUACGUGUACAUAACCUUGAUGCUUACAUGUAAUUUAAGUGCAGUAGCUGCAUGACGACACAGCCUCUGUGUGUGUACAGAAGUAGCGACGUGUGAAUUUGUACAGUACAUGCAAGUGUGUGUGCUUGUGUCCGCGAAGAAAUCUGUCUGUCGUCACGCAAAAAGCAACACAUGCAUGCACCCUCCAACAACUGCACAGUACACACACACACACACACACACACACACACACACACACACACACACACACACACCCACACACACACACACUAAACAAACACACACACGCAACCACGCCCCAGCAGUUGUUCACCAUUCUCCACAUUGUCCUGAGCUCUGCCUGUCACUCCGCAUGGAGACUUUGCUCUAUGUCAACUUUCUUAUUCUAAUAAACCACUCAGACAUUGA